CUGUCUACGUCUAGAAAUUUCUGUAGUGGAUGACUAUCGUUAGCGGCGCGCGCAGAGUGUGACUUGCCUUCGGCUCUUUCGCACGUGCUACAGUAAUUUUGUGCGCUCUUGAAAUAAGUGACCAUCCAACUCCAAAAUGUCAGUGAUUGGAAUCGAUUUUGGUGAUGAAAGCUGUUACAUCGCAGUUGCUCGUCAAGGUGGAAUAGAAACGCUGGCCAAUGAUUACAGUCUUCGUGCAACCCCAUCAUGCGUCGCUUUCACCGAGAAGAACCGCGUGAUGGGCGUAGCUGCGCUGAACCAGACCACAACAAACAUGAAGAACACAGUCAGUCACUUCAAGCAUCUCAUCGGCAAAAAAUACAGGGAUCCUCGAGUACAAGAGAUGAUUGCUAGCCUUCCAUACACGGUGGUGGAGACUAACCAAGGCAACAUUGGCAUCAAAGUUCGUUACCAGAAUGAAGAGAGAAUCUUUACCCCCACCGAAAUUACUUCGAUGCUCUUCACUAAGCUCAAGAUCCUCGCCGAAUCUGCUCUUGACAUCAAAGUCAACGACGUUGUUAUCGGAGUACCAAGUUAUUUUGAUGACAUAUCGCGACACGCGCUGCUGAUGGCUGCUCAGGGCGCUGGUCUUAACGUCCUGCGGCUUCUCAACGAGACGUGCGCCACGGCCCUCAACUAUGGCAUCUACAAGCAAGACCUUCCUCCCCUUGAAGAAAAACCUCGGAAUAUUAUCUUCGUCGAUUGCGGAUUUUCUUCCCUCCAGGUGUUUGCAACGGCGUUCAAUAAAGGCAAACUGAAGAUGCUUGCUACAGCGUCGGACCCAAACAUUGGUGGCCGCGAGUUUGAUAACAUAAUUGCCAAAAAGUUCUCAGACCAUUUCAAAAAGCAAUACAAAGUAGAUGCAACUACGAACAAAAAGGCCUGGGCCAAACUAUUGUCCGAGGUAGAGAAACUCAAGAAGCAAAUGUCGGCAAAUUCCACCCAGCUUCCCAUCAACAUUGAGUGCUUCAUGGAUGAUAAAGAUGUCAGUGGCAGAAUGGACAGAGCGGAGUUCGAAGAUCUUGCAGUGAACGCCAUGGCGCGCGUGGAGAAGACGCUGACCGCAUGCCUGCGCGACAGCGGCCUGCGACUGGAGGACAUCCACAGCGUCGAGAUCGUGGGUGGCUCCAGCCGCGUGCCCGCCAUCAAGCGGCUCAUUGAGAAGGUCUUCCAUCAGACGCCCUCCACCACCCUCAACCAAGACGAGGCUGUCGCCAGGGGCUGUGCUCUGCAGUGUGCCAUGUUGUCACCAGCUUUCAAGGUGCGCGAAUUCAGUAUUCAAGACGUACAACCGUACACGAUCAGACUGUUGUGGCAGGACGAAACAGGACAGAAAGGCGACAUGGAUGUUUUCCCUAAGAAUCAUCAGGUUCCAUUCUCGAAAUUGCUGACGUUCUUCCGGCGCAGCCCGUUCACGCUCCAGGCUGAGUACUCGAGCGCCGACUACCCCGGCCAAGACAGAUUCAUAGCUUCGUACACAAUCAACGAUGUCGCUCCUAAUGCCGACGGGGGCAGUCAGAAGGUAAAAGUGAAGGUGCGCGUGAAUAUCCAUGGCAAUUUCCUGGUUGCCAGCGCCAGCCUUACGAAGAAGGAAGAGGUUCUUGUGGAGGAACAGGAUGCUGGCGACGCCACGCCAAUGGAAACUGAUGACAAGAAGACUGCAACGAAGAAUGGUGAAGGGUCUUCCGAAGAAGCCAAGGAAGACGAACAGGCUCCUGGUGCACCUGCUGACGCUGCGCCUGCCUCCGACGCACCUGCUGCCCCUGAGCAGGCAACCGAGAAGAAAAGUGCGGGCCCUAAGAAAGUCUCUCGCACCGUGGACUUGCCUCUUGAUACUAUCAGCCAUGCACCCACCGCUGGUGAUAUCAACCAGCUUUUUGAGAGUGAAAGCAAGAUGGCAGCCAGCGACAAGCUCGAAAAUGAACGCAUCAAUGCCAAGAAUGCUGUUGAGGAGUACGUGUAUGAUUUGCGCUCGAAGCUGUUUGAGGAGCUGGAGGCGUUCGUGGCCGAGGAGGACAGAACUGCUUUGAGUCGCAACCUCGAGGAGACAGAAAACUGGCUCUACGAAGACGGCGAGGACUGCCAAAAGCAGGUCUACGUCGAUAAACUGGAUGAGCUCAAGAAAUAUGGCGAACCAAUCAAAGAGCGAAGGCGCGAACGAUUGGAACUGCCUGGUGCAUUUGAGGCGUUGAUGUCGGCCAUCCAACUUGCGAACAAAGUCUGCGACCAAUUCGCGGCGGGCGACGAGAAAUUUGAUCACCUCGAUAGCGCUGAGGUUGAGAAAGUGCAGAAGGCUAGCAGUGAGAAGUUGGCAUGGACUGAGCAACAAAUGGGGGCUGUGAAGGCUACUUCCAACUUCGAAGCUGUACCGAUCACCAGCUCACAAGUUCGCUCAGAGUUGUCCGCUUUCGAACAUUUGGUUAGACCAAUUAUCAACAAGCCAAAGCCCAAACCCAAGGCACCUACUCCUCCUCCAGUGGAGAAGACAGAAGAAAACGCCGCUAAUACUGAACAUCAGGAAGAGGAUCAGAAAACAAAUGGCCCUAGCGAGGAUCCAAGCAAAGGCGCCAAUGAACAACCCAUGGACGUCGACUAAACUUAUUCUCUUCUAGCUUGAAUUAGCUCCUUAGCUUUUUAAUUUACGAUGACCGCACAUUGGAUUAUAGUGGCUAGGCAUGACCGCGAGACUCUGUCGUUGCAUGUUGAUUGCUCUUCAAAGCGAGCUCUGCCUGGAUGCCCUGGGCUGAGCUUAUUGUCUUUAAGCAUCGUUGCGGUUUUUUGCUGCGGUCAUCAUGUGAACGUCGAAACAAACCUGGAACUCUGUUCAGUGUUGUAAUUGGCCGAGUUCAGAUUAGAUUAAAUUAUCUUGUAAUGUUACAUAUUACUAGGAGUUAUGCUAAGCUUUUCCUCAGGCGAGGUCGAUCAACUUCCAUCGUCGUUCAUUUUGUUUUGUCCCAACGGCAAUCAGAUUGUUGGAUUUUCUGUUCGCCUAGGAUUUAGUGGGGUAUUUAUUGCACUUCACGUAGAGUCGCCAUCUAUCCGAGUAUCUUCUAUCUCUGUCCAGAUGGAUUAUAUUCGUCACUCCUAAUGAAAUUGAGCCUGCGCUCGUAUUCCUUAUAAAGCUUGCAUUUGAUUAUUAGCUGUCGGGUUGUGCAGAGAUUAGUGACUGUAUGUUUUCUUCCAUUGACGUUUUCAAGGCACUCUUUCUUCUUUAGUUCAAGGCAGUGUUUCUCAUGAUUUUUUCUCAUGGUUAUUGCCAAGAGACUUGAACUUGGAAUAAUUUCAGGUGAGAGAGAAACAUUCGUGGACAACUUAUUUUAUGAUCGCAUUUCUUUAGAUCGAUUAUAUUUGAUGACAAUACUUGUACGAUUGCACAUCUUAUUUGCAGUAUUCGAUUUAUGACUUCCCAUUGCCAAAAUUUGAGUUUUGUUUCUAAAAUUCUGUAUUCUUGUUUUGUUCGAGGUGUUUAUUUAACUAAUAUCGUUCAUCUAACCUUGCCCUCUACCUUGAGUGGAGAAUUUUAGCUUAUUUACGUUGUAGCGCUGAAAUUUUCAUGUCAGCAAGGGUAUAGUGAAAUUGUUCAUCAUCUUUUUGUAAAAGUAUUUCGUGUUAUUAGUCUCUUCACUUAGGAUCCUUCACGUAAACGUUCAACAAUUAGCUUGCCAAUGCCGAUCUCCUAGAAAUGCUGACAUCUUUCAGUGUAGUACCUUCAGCUGCACAUUCAUUUUCGUCGGCCAUCUUCAACUACAUUCUAAUUCGAUUCGAAAUAGUGGACGAUUGAGCCACAGGAAUGAAGCUGGCCUGCUUGCCCGAGUGUUUGAUGCAACAACAACAGGCCAGUUUUCACGAACGAAUCUAGUUAACCAUCAAAAAGUUUGUCAUUAUUUCGUUUCUUUACUUGGUUCUUGCUUGUUACACUAACUAUCAAUGUUGGAGAACCUGAAAUAAAAUUGAUUGGUUCUUAUCUGUAUUUACAGCGUUUAAAUUUGCUCGUAUGUCAUUUAUGUGUACUGGACUGACGACAUCACUCCAGCGUUGAUGUCACCUGAUAGUAAUCAUUCCAAUGAUCCGCUUGGCUCGCUUAACUGAAUAAAUCAACGCAUUCA